AUGUCCAAGACUUCACCUCUUUCGGCCGUCGCGGCCGCGUUGGCCUUGAGCACUGUGGGUACCUUGGCCCUCAGUGUUCCUGAUUCCAUCGCCCAUACGAAGAUACUACCGAGAGCUGUGGGUGUCAAAGCCGAGUACGACUACAUCAUAGUUGGCGGGGGGACGUCCGGUCUCACCGUUGCUGACCGACUCACCGAGAGCGGCGAGGGCUAUCGCGACCCGACCAACUCCCUCCGUUUCCCUUCCGCACCCCAAGAGGGCCUUAACGGCCGAAGCUUCGGUGUGGUUCAUGGCCUCAUGCUUGGAGGCUCAACCGGAGUCAAUGCUAUGCAGGUCCACCGAGGUCAGAAGGAGGACUACAACAGAUGGGGAUCCUACUUCAGUGACAACUCCGAAUGGAGCUGGGAUGGUCUACUACCCUAUUUCAAAAAGGCUUGGAACUUCCAUCCCCCCACCCCUGAGCUGGUCGAACAGUUCGAUAUCAAGUACGACGAAAGCUUCUGGGGAAACACAUCCGGCAUCCAUGCUUCGUUCCCUACCUUUCACUGGCCAAUGCUGAAGCACGAAGUGACGGCCUUUGCCGAGAUCGAGGGAGUCGACCUCCCCGCGGACUCGGGCGCUGGCGAACCUGGAGUCUUCUGGUAUCCUCUGUCAUCCGACCCUGUGGCCAGGACCAGAUCAAUGGCCAGGAAGGGUCACUGGGACGGAAUAGAGGCUGUGCGAGACAACUAUGAGACCAUCACUGGUCAAAAGGCUUUGAGAGUUCUCUUCGAUGGUGAGACGGCGGUGGGUGUCUCGUUCGUUGCGGCUAAUUCUACCACUGCCGAGGGUGCGCGGACCGUGAAAGCAAAGAAAGAGGUUGUCAUCGCUACCGGAGCCAUCCGCACUCCUCAACUUCUCCAGCGCAGUGGCGUUGGUCCCAAGAGCCUACUCGAGGCUGCCGGGAUCGAUGUCGUCGUCGAUCUCCCUGGCGUUGGACACAACUUCCAAGACCACCCAGUUGGUGCCGGUGCUACAUUCAGAUUCGCCAACUUCAACAUCCAUCCCGACAUGACCGACCUCGAGAAUAACCAGACCUUCAUCAAUCUCGCCCAGGCUGAGUUCGAAGCGAACCGGACAGGGCCCCUGACCAUAGGCGUGGGCAACGCAGCCUCCUUCCUCCCCUUCCCUGUCAUCGCCCCAGACACGUUCGAACAAAUCACCGCCGCCUAUGAAUCCCAAGACCCGGCCGCCUAUCUCCCCGCCGGGACCGACGCAACCGUCAUAGCCGGUUACGCGGUUCAGCAGAAAGCGCACGCCGCAGCGCUGCGCUCCAAAGGCGCGGCCUUCUACAACCUCUUUCUCCGCGGCGCUCCCACGGAGAGCAACUUUGUCCUCCUCCACCCUAUGUCGCGCGGCACCAUUGAGAUAGACACCUCGGACCCCUUCUUUAAGGACCCCGUUGUCGACUACCGCGCCCUGAGCAACCCGACAGAUAUCGACAUUCAGGUUGAGUUCAUCAGGUUCACGCGCAAGUACUUCCUCGAGACAAGUCUCGUCCAAUUCGCACCAGAGGAGACGGUUCCCGGGGCGAACGUAACGAGCUUCGAGGGUCUGAGCGCGGCCGUGAGGGCGCUGGUCAGUCCAACCACAUUUCACCCCGUAGGCACCGCGGCGAUGCUGCCGAGAGAGCUUGGCGGUGUCGUUGACGAGAAUUUACUGGUGUACGGGGUUAAGAGGUUAAGUGUCGUGGAUGCCAGCAUACAGCCUGACCUGCCAGGUGCAUACACGCAACAGACCGUUUAUGCCGUUGCCGAGAAGGCUGCCGACUUGAUUAAAUCCCGGGCAAGACGUGGUUGCAAGUCAGCCAACAAGCUCUGGAAAUAA